AGUCGGACUACAUUUAUAAGCCUACAAGCCUUGGAUUAGCUGUUAGCUUGUGGUAGAGGCAUACUGUGAAAAUAUUCAUACCAGAGGGGUUUCCAAUAUUUUUUCUCAGUAAACAAUCAAAACAAAUAAGUUUGCAGAGUUUGCUUGUCCCAUUGCUGCCAAUAUCGAAAUGCAACUGACACAACUGAAACGGCAUUCGCCUCACUCGGCGUCGGGAUUCGAUAUCAAUGCCAAUGUCAGUGAUAAGAUUAGUUACACUCUCCACAGCUUAAUCCUCAGACGAUCCAAGUCCGCCGAUAGCUUCAAUAGACCCCAGUACGAACGCGAGCAUUGAAAUGUUCGGUCGCAGUGCCGCACUAUGAUGGGGCACGUGAGUGGCGCUUUGCUAGUCAUCGGUGUUUGCGUACAGCAGGCCCUUGCUGCCAACAUUUUAGCCAUAUUUUCAUAUUGCUCUGCGUCGUCAUUCCUGCUCCUGACGCCCUACAUGACGACGCUUGUCCAGAAAGGCCAUCAAGUAACCAUCAUCUCAGCUGGAAAGAAAUAUUUCGCGGACAUCGACGGCGCUCGUCAUAUACGGGUCAGCGCGCUGGAUCACUUAAUGGCAGAUUUCAGAGAGUCAACCGUUGACAUGAAGUUUCCCCUGACCAAGUGGGAAGAGGCCUCGUUCGUCGCAGCGUUUUUCUACAAGUCAUCGAACUGUGUGCUCAGUGACCCGGGUGUCCAGGCAUUGCUCCAGGAUGAGAGUGCCCAGUUCGAUAUGGUGAUAGUCGAAGCAACCUUCACAGAUGCUCUAUAUGGCUUUGCCCACCACUUCAAGGCCCCGCUAGUGGGACUGUCGCUCUGUGGAACCUCUUGGAGCAUUAACUACCUGGCUGGCAAUAGGGCCAUCAGUGUCUAUGAACCAAUAGUGGCAAAUGGCUAUUCCAGUGGCUUCAGCAUUCUCAAUAAGAUCAAGAACUGGAUAUAUAUUACUGAGGAGUGGCUACUGGAGCAGAUGGUGUACCUGCCCAAGCAGUUGGCCCUGUAUAAGCGCUACUUUCAUGAGAGUGCGGAGAGUCUACAUAAUAUUCGGCAAAACUUCGCUCUGGUGCUGAUCAAUCAGCACUUCAGCCUGGGACGGGCCCGCUCCAACGUUCCCAAUGUCAUCGAGGUGGCGGGAAUGCACCUGGAACAGCCGUACGCUGAGCUCGAUGGGGAGCUGCAGCAAUUUGUGGAUGGAGCCGAGCAUGGAUUCAUCAUCUUCUCGAUGGGAUUGGAUGUAGCUGAGUGCUGGCUACCCCCCAGGCUGAUCGAAAUGAUGCUGCAAAGCUUUGAGCAGCUGCAGCAGCGCGUCGUCUUCAAAUUCGAUCAGCCGUUGCCUAAGAAAUCUGAUCAAAUAUAUGUGACACAAUUAUUGCCGCAGCGCGCUCUGUUGGCCCAUCCGAAUGUGAAAUUGCUUAUCACCCAUGCCGGAGUUUUGAGCAUCAUUGAGGGCGCCUAUUACGGGGUGCCCAUGCUGUGUGUGCCUCUGUAUUACGACCAGUUCGCCAACUCCGAGCUAAUGAAGCAAUCCGGACUGGCUCAAGUAGUGGAUCCGUCUACGAUGACUGUUGGAUCCAUAACGAAGUCCAUCAAGGAGCUUAUCGAGAAUCCGUUCUAUUCAGCAAAUGCGCAUCAAACAUCCAAGAGGCUGCGCGACCUGCCCAUGAGUCCGCUGGAGAACGCCGUCUGGUGGACUGAAUAUGUGCUGCGCCACAACGGUGCUCCACAUAUGCGCAUUUGGAAGGAAGAUAUGUCCAUCGUACAGUACUACAAUCUGGGCUUCAUAUCGGUUCUAGUUCUCCGAUCUGGGCUUGCCAUUCUGCUCAUUCUCUGUGUGGGCUUUAAGCUGGUCAGUGUCCUGCUACGGCGUUCACGAUUUCGUCUGACUGUUCCGCUGCUCUACUGAGGACUACUUACCAAAUACAUAUAAUAACAAUGACGAUAGAGCUGAGAGAAGUGGGAAAGAGAGAGAGACUGCGAGAGAGUGAGAAAGGAAACGAUAGUGUGAGAGAGAGGAACGGGUAUUGAGUUAGAGCAAGUGGAGAGUAAGACAGAAGUAGAGAGAGAAUGAGAGAGAUAGAUAGAGAGAGAGAUAGUGAAACAGUGAGUGAGAGAGAUGGCAGAAGCUAUAAAGGGAAAGCGUUGUUGCAUUAAUGUCAAAAUAAUCGAUAAAUUGCAAAAAGAGAUAGAACAUAUUUCUUUGAAUAUGAACAAUGGGUGGGUUUUUUAACUCUAUAUUUAACACUUUUGAUACAAACUAUAAAUAGAAAAUAUUGAAUGGAGCAUAAAACUAAAAUGUAUUUCUUUUUUCACACAAUUGUUUUAAU